AGGAAAAAUCAUCAUCAUCGUCGGUCCCGCUGCUAGUACGCUAAUCGGUCCCAACUGUUUUUGUAUAUUUUUGGACGUCCGAGUGUGUUGAUAUGUUAUUUUAUCGUUGGAACCCGUCGCUGCAAUAGCAAGUUUUGCUCACUCGCGCCCGCUCGCAGUGCCGCCGUGUGUUUGUGCGCCCAAUUUUCGAACCAGGAACGUCCACACGGCCAUAGGGACGAGCCACCAGUUAGUGUCGGUACCGCACCGAUGGUGGAUGUGUGUUUUUUGUUAUUUAUGAUAAUAAAGUGAAAUUUUGAUUGAAAACAAUGUCGGUGUGAUAUUUACCUUCGACCGUCUCGCCUUUUUCGUAAAUGCUCCGGGUUUUUAUUAUUAUUGGAAGCAAGACGAUUAGUGACAGUGAGCGGCGGGUGAACCCGUCCGACCUGCGGAGAAAAAGAGUUUAACGAAAAAAAUAUUUGCACAAAUUUGUUGUGGAAGAUAAUAUUGUUCGGAAUAACAAAUUCAGUUGUUUAAAUUGAAAACAAACGUGGUUAGUGGACUGCAGAGACACGCGACUUCUUUGGCAACUGAGUGUGUUUACAGUGGAGAAGAACGAAGAUGCAUACUCUAUUUACGGAUCAAAAUACAUUCUCGCGGCACUAUGGCCAUGCACAGCCGGGAUAUCCUACGAACACGGCAGCCAUGGCUCCUGCUCAUCACUACACCUAUGAUCAAUACUCGCGAUAUACCUAUGCAGGAUCGGCGUACGCUCUGGCGGCCCCUCACCAAAAUAAGGAAAUGGUGAAGCCGCCGUAUUCCUACAUUGCAUUAAUUGCGAUGGCUAUCCAGCAGUCGCCGGAGAAGAAAGUCACCUUAAAUGGAAUCUAUCAGUACAUCAUGGAACGGUUUCCCUACUACCGGGAUAACAAACAAGGUUGGCAGAACUCGAUUAGGCACAAUCUAAGCCUGAACGAGUGUUUUGUAAAAGUGGCCCGAGACGACAAAAAGCCGGGUAAAGGAAGCUACUGGACGCUGGAUCCGGACUCGUACAAUAUGUUCGAUAAUGGGUCAUUCCUCCGACGCAGACGACGCUUCAAGAAAAAGGAUGCCCUCAAAGAAAAGGAGGAAAUGAUUAAGCGGCAAACUAUGAUGCUCGAAGACAAGAUGGGUGAUAUCAAACCAAUCAAGAUUAUGGGCUCUAGCCACCAUCACCUGGACGGCAAGCAGCUCUCCCAUCAAUUCAAGCGGGAACCGGGACUAGAUCUAGCCACUCAGUGCAUGGUGAAAGACGGUCUUGCUCCGACAAUCCUCAACACCUGCCACGAUACACUCGCCACCCAGAUGAAUCACCUGUCAGCCAGCGAUCACGGGUUCUCGGUAGAUUCCUUAAUGAAUGUCUACAACCCACGGCUUCACCACACGUCCUAUCCGUAUCACUUCAACGAAGAAAAUCUGGUGACGACCUCGAGCCAGUUACGUCAUCACCACAGCACCGCCCAUCAUCCACCACCCCAUGGAGGUUGGUACACCCCUGAAACGCCUCCGGAAUCCAUUGGGAACACCUCCGGUGGAAGUGCGUCCGCUCCUCACAUCCCUACGUCAACGCCUACCUCGACCGGAUUCCGAGAUAUGGUGUUCGAUCAUAGUCAAACCAACUGCCAAAUGGAUACGGGCAGCCCCAGCAAUAGCAUUACAUCGGCCAGUCCACCGGUGAUUCCUGGAACGGCAGCGAGCAGUGCAGCUGCGGCAGCCGCCGCUGCAGCCGGACACCUAACGGCCGGCAACCUGAGUCACCUAGGCCACUACCGAUCACACGUUGGCUAUUAUCAGGACUGUGGCAUCAAGUACGGCGUGUAAAGUGAUCCGAGGUAUUAGAUAUUGUAGAUAAGUUGUUCAGAUCUCUCACGCUCUUGUGCUGAAGAGGCUUAAAAGCAUCAAUCAUCGCCCCGUUUCGAUAGCUCCUCAUUCAGACUGGGUACUCUUCACCUGAAGAAGCUUCUUCGCCAAAUUCAAGCCUCAGUUGGCCUUGGAAAAUAUUUCCACUUGCGACGGGGGUUUCGUUUUAACUUUCCUUGUUGUGAGAAUGCGGCUCUACGGUUGCUUUGUUCAUUAUUUAUUUCGUUUCCCUGGUAAUCCGUGUUAAUUUUAGAACCCGAUUCCGCUGAAUUCUUUAGGAAAACUUUCCAGACAAGCCGCAGCACAGUUGCCUGAGUGGAUCUGAACCCGACGCGAAACAAGUGAGUGAAAUUAAGGCGAAAAUCAAUGACUGAAGCUCGAAUUUAAUUUAUUUCUAUACAAACGUUUACGUUAUACUCUUAAAGGCACUGAGAGGAAACAACGCACUUGAAUCGAGCAUCUCAUUCCCAGCUAUAUACCUAUCAGUCUCUAUCAUCUCUCCGGUGAAGAGUUUAUGUAGAAGUAGAAACAGCAGAUUGCAAUUUUGAAUGAUUCGUUACUAACUGUUCAAACUUAGGCAUUUUAUUGGACUCUGUAAAUGUUACGACAAUUUUUACUCCGGAAAAGAGAGCAAGCUCGUUUGGCGAACUGCGAUGCAAACAAAAACUGUAAAUAUUAGUAUUGUAGUUUUUACCGGUGUAUAGUCAAUCGAGAACAAACCAUGACAAAAUGGCUUAUCUCUGUGCAAAGAAAAACAAAAAAAAGUAAUCCACUUCAAUUUCAACUGUCAUGACCGAUGAGCGAACACAAUAGAGGGCUAGGUGAACGUGCAAAUAGACUUCCUUUUUUUUCUCCAGCAAAGAGAAGAUUAAAACGUUAGCGAUGUGAUGUUUCGUAAUAAAUCUGUGAAAUUUGAAUGUAUGCUGCUAUGCGUCCGUUGGCUGGUUGGUUGCUUGAUUGGUUGGUGUGAAUGUAAAGUCCUAUCCGUUCCGGCGCUCGAGUACCAUUUCGAAGGGUACCGAAUCCAAAGCGAUUCCAUUGUUUGAUCCCUGAUUUCCAUUUGUUCCUAUUUUGUGCUACCGAAACUGUAUAGAGUAGAAGCAUUGC